ACUAAUCGGGGAUCCUUUUAAUAGAUUUAAAGAUAGAAUUUAAAAGAUUUAAUUUUCUUUGCAAAUUACAAAAUGUUCUGAAAAAUUCUGUUCAGUUUAUUUAUUUUAGUCAUGUCAGGGCACUUGAAUGUUUCACAUACAUUCUAAAAUCCCACUUAGAGAAAGUUAUUUAUCAAUAAUUUUGCAACAUAACACUAAUCAUCUACAUAGAUUUGGUGAAGAAUCAUUAAUUAGAUUACUUUCUCACUGUGUUCAUAACAGAGUUUCUCAGUGUACUUUCAGUUCAUGUGAUUUUGUUUUGUAUGUCAAUGAUGUCUGUGACCUUAAAAGAAAAAAAGCAGGUAAAGAUGACGGGCGGAUGGAUUGGUGAUGAAGUUUGACGUUGGAAAUGUAUUUAUUUUAAUUAAAAAAUUUUGUUUUUUUGUUUUCCAUUUGUCCUGAUGGUGAGUGAAGAACCAGAGUUUCCUCAUGAUUACUGGAUCCAUUCUGUGAUCAGGCCUCCUUUAGAGGAGGUGGAAUGAGUCAUUUAGGUUUUACUACAACAAGGAGACAACUGGUGACAGUUGCAGGCAGCUGCGAGAGGGGAAUAAAUUGUGCAGCAGUUUUCACACAGACCGUCUGCAGAUGGGCCCAUGCUGGGACAGCAGGUCAGUUGAAUUGGAGCCAAUGGGUCUGGUUGUGGGACAUUCCUGGAGUGCUUGUCUGAACAGCGUGAAAUCCCCAAGGCAAACAGAGGCCACCCACUCCAUGUGCGUCACCCACCAUCCCCCUGACGAGAACAUCGACACCAGAACCAUCUCUGUAGAUACUGUAAUAAAGACGUUUGGUUGUGUAGAGCUGAAAGUCCUUCAGAUAAUGAGCACAUCUACAUGGAGUUGGACCAGAAGCUGUCCAAGUACUGCCCCAAAGAGUGGAAAAGGGAAGCCAGCAAGGGCAUUGAUCAGUUUGGGCCUCCAAUGAUCAUUCACUUCAGAGCUCAGUAUUAUGUGGAAAAUGGGAGGUUGAUCAGCGACCGGGUAGCCAGGUAUUAUUACUACUGGCACAUGAGGAAACAGGUGCUGCUCUCUCAGUGUAUUCAAAGAGAGGAGGCCUACUUCCUGCUCGCAGCCUUCGCUCUCCAGGCUGACCUUGGAAACUUCAAACGCAACAAGCACUUUGGGAAAUACUUUGAGCCUGAAGCCUACUUCCCCCCAUGGGUGAUCACAAAGCGUGGCCGUGAAUACAUCCUGAGGCAUAUCCCCAACAUGCACAAAGACCAGUUUGCUCUCACGGCGUCAGAGGCUCAUCUCAAGUACAUUAAAGAGUGUUCCCAGCUGGAUGAUGUCACAGUCCACUACUACAGACUCUACAAGGACAAGAAGGAAGUUGAAGCGUCUCUCACAUUGGGAUUAACUUUACGAGGAAUCCAAAUAUUUCAGAACGUUGGCUCUGUGAGGCAGCUGUUGUAUGAUUUCCCUUGGACUAAUGUGGGAAAACUGGUAUUUGUGGGGAAGAAGUUUGAGAUCCUUCCCGACGGCCUGCCCUCGGCCCGUAAACUCAUGUACUACACAGGAUGUCCCGUGCGCUCCCGCCACCUCCUGCAGCUGCUCAGCAACAGCCACCGGCUCUACAUGAACCUGCAGCCCGUCCUCAAACAGGUCCGCAGGCUGGAGGAGAACGAAGAGAAGAAGCAGUACCGGGAGUCGUACAUCAGCGAUGCUCUGGAGCUGGACAUGGAGCAGCUGGACAAGCGUUCCCAGGCCAGCGGCAGCAGCCGGGGCAGCAUGUCCCAUCCUAAACGUCUGUCUCGCCACUCCACAACCAGCCACGGCAGCUCGCACACGUCCGGCGUUGAGACGGACAGCUUCAGAGCCCCGGGUCAGGCCCCGCACCGGCCCCUACGAACCUGCAGCUCAUCCACAACCAGCCACGGCAGCUCACAUACGUCUGGCAUCGAGAGCAGUGGGAAGGAGCGGGUCCUGGAUGACGAUGAGAUUGAGAUGCUGGUGGAUGACCCCAAAGACUACGAGGAGCUUCAUGAGAUGGUUCUGGAUCAGGAACUUUGCAUCCACAUCACUGAGGACAUGCUGACCAUGUCCCCUGAUCAGACCAACGGAUWCUCAGGACUGAUAGUCAAAGAUGUGAGCUCAUCCACCUCCAGCUCCUCAGAGACAGUUGUCAAGAUGAGAGGACAGAGCAUCGAGUCUCUGCCGCAGACGCCUACAUGUCGAAAGCCUCGGUCUUCCACCGACCGCCACAGCCAGUCUCUAGACGACAUUCGGCUCCACCAGAAGGACUGCCAGCAGUGGGCGGAGCUCUGCCAGGACACCGCCCACAGCUACACUUUUGGCUGCGCUCAGGAACUGAGUGACAGCAGCGGGCAGCAGGGCCUGUCCGACCAGCGGGCUGCCACCCUCUCUGAGCAGCACCCGUUCCCCAUCAAGAGGACCAACAAGUACUUCUCUCUGGACCUGACCACCGACGAGGUGCCCGAGUUCGUGGUGUGACGGAGGCUGUAUGUUUGCUCAGAGAUGUUUCAGUCCUCAGGGAACGAGAUGUGAGCGAGGAGCUGCAGCCGUCAGGCUGAAAUCUACAUUAUAAAACUCCAACGACCAAAGGGAAGCUGUGUUUUUACAAACUAACUGCUGUCCUGUGUCAAAGGAAACAAAGGGAAGGUGUCGUCUUCACUUUCACUCAAGUCUUUCUUGUUUUUCAGCAGCUUUAUAAAGACAGCUAACUGACUCCUGCACAUGUGUGAUCAAAACAAAGACUUCCUGCAGUAGAAACAGCAAAUGAACUGAGCUAAAAACCAAAGAAAAGCCUGAGAAACAAACGUGGUUCCUGCAGUCUACCAGAGACAAGUCCUAACCCUGUCAGAGCAGCUGUUUGUCCUCUGUUACAUCACUUCCUGUGACCUGGAUAGGAAAUGCACUCCACUCCCACCCUGUGUGGACUCGUGCCUUCGUCCCACUAUGCAGAUGUCAACGCUUGCCUUGACAAUCACAGUCCCCCACCCUCAGUCCACUGUCUGGACUGAAGCCAUCAGUUUCCAGUUGUACCGUUGUACACACGUCUGCAGGUCAAACUGCCUUUUAAAGAUGUUUUUCUGUCCACAGAGGAGCGAGGCCGGCAGUCUGCCUGAACCUGAACCUAAUGUGGAGCCAAAACAAACCAACAUUUAUGUCUUCCUGUAACUUUUUCAUCUUUUGAACUGGAAUCAUUGAGUUUAGUAUCAUAUCAUCAAACAAAAACAACUAUUUUAGGUGUGUUUCAUAUAAAAUAUGUGWUUCAUUGAACAGA